AUGGCCGCUGUGUACUCAUCCAUGUGCCAUACCUUCCAUGUCAUCGAUACGCCAAGCAAAGGUUUUGAUCAAGAAUGCAAGGCUCCCGAGGUCCUCGUGCGAAGCAUUCCAACUCAGCUUCGACCCAAUAACGCAGCAAACAUCAUCCCCACGUCUGCAUUGCCCUGCUGUCUCCGCCGUCUCCCAUGGUUCAAUACCAGACUAUGCACCAGCUCACGACCACUCCUCAUCCUCGAUGGCUACACAAACAUUGUCAGGAUGGGGUAG